AAAAUCCUUGACAGAUCCCUUACACUGCUCUAGAAAAUUCCCCUAUCAAAUCGUGACUUUCACUCGGUUGGUGAACGAAACUUGAUUUUCCACCUCAACAACAGUGAUGAGUUCGGCGUAGAUCGAAUUUCAUUCACAAAAUCUACCGACAAAGAAGGUACUAUAUUCGUGAAAAAAGCAAAAGCCUUCAACUACACUGCUUGCAUCAAGUGUUUGUCGCAUACUAUUUAGAUCUCCUAGCUAGACAUUGAUUACGAAUAACGCAUUUAGAGUCACAUCGUAGACCUACUUGUGCUUUCUUACAAAAAGAAUUAUUUCCAUAUCUUUCCACUACACGCAUCCAUUUUUCCACUCCAAAACACUCGUUUUGCAACCGCGAAAUUAUCGAUUCUGUUUUGACUGUCUUUUUGAAGUACAACUGCUUUAUCAAGAAACGCACGAGUCAGAAGUCAUGUUGGUAUUAACGGAGACGGCUGCUGGUUACGGUCUGUUCAAGAUCAAGAACGAGCGACUUCUCAGCGCGGAAAAGGAGGACAUCGCAGCGGCAUUCGCCUCCGAGGAACUAUGUCAAAACUCCGCGGAAAUGGUGGCCUUCAGCAAGUUCAAGGUAAGAAAACGGAGUGUAUUGUGUUUCAUCUUUUUUUUCGAUUGGCUGACUAGAAAUUAUUACUUGGGCAAUUUCUAGGAAAUAAAAAUUUCCACCUUGCAACCGACACAAAAAAACUACCUUGACAGGACACGAAAAUGGCACUGGAGGAGAGCGCAAGCUUGAUUGAGAGCAAAGUUGGGAAGGGACUCAAGAAGUUUUUGAAGAAGAAUAUCGUCGAAAAGAGUCUCUCGGACGAGCUUGCGGUCAUUGAUGCAAAGCUCGGUGGGGCAAUCAAGGAGAAGCUUGGUACAGUUUAUAACUGACUGUCGUAUUAUUUUGAUUUGCAUGCAUGAUUGCUUCUGCAAAUCCAAAGCCAUGCGCACGCUGUUGCUAAGCUUGGUUUAAAUAUGGCAGCAGAAGAUGUUUCUCCAUGAUUAUCGCAACAGGUAUUUCCAUCGCUGUCUCGGAACAGACAAAGGAAUUGCAGCGAGCUUUGCGGCUGAACAUCGAAGAGCUGAUGGCCGAAAUUGGAAAGGACGAGCAGAAGCAGAUGCAGGUCUCCCUGGCGCACGCCAUGAGCCGAUGGAAGCUGAAAUUUUCUCCGGAUAAGGUCGACAUCAUGAUCAUUCAGGCAAUCGGCCUCCUGGACGACCUCGGUACAGAAUAUAUCAACUGGCUCUGCUGAAUGAUAUAAGUAUGUGUUGUUCCCAGAAGACAGACUGUGACUUUUUUCUUUUCUCUUUUUCGCUUACGAAUGUACUUACUAGGUUGUAGUUGUUUGCCUUCUUUAUCGAAUCAAAGCGGCGACCGGAAUAAAAUAAAGUGUGAAAUGAUCUCACUACAGACAAAGACCUGAACAAUUUUGCGAUGCGGCUGAAGGAGUGGUAUGGGUGGCACUUCCCGGAGAUGGCGAAGAUCCUGACCGACACGCUGGUGUACGCGAAGGCGGUGAAACUGAUGGGCAUGCGGACGAACGCGAAAAACUGCGACUUCUCCACGAUCGAAAUUCCGGAGGAAAUCGAGACCGAACUGAAGCGAGCGGCAGAAACCAGUUACGGCACGGAAGUGACCACAGAAGAUAUGGACCACAUCAACACCUUGACGGAGCGCGUUAUUCAGCUCCUCGAAUACCGACAGCAGCUCAGCAACUAUUUGAAGGUAGAAAGAAGUGAAAUUCAUAGUCGCAUUUUUGCUUUUGUUGAGAAAUAAAUAUGCUUCAUCAGGUAGUGGUCUUUGGAUGAAGUUGUUCAACAUCAACUCUUGCAUAAAAUCAACCGAAACUACACAACAAACAGACCCGUAUGAGCGCUAUUGCACCAAAUUUGACGCACCUGGUCGGUGAACUGAUCGGCGCCCGACUGAUCAGCCAUGCCGGGUCCCUCUUAUCGCUGUCGAAACACCCGGCAUCUACCGUGCAAGUUUUGGGAGCGGAGAAAGCGCUUUUCCGAGCCAUGAAGACGAAGAGCAACACGCCGAAAUACGGUAUCCAGCUGUUUACAAGAACUGUUUGUAGGACAUUGGGAGGUUGAUAAUGACGAUCAUGAAAAACAAAAAGAACUUACGCGGAACGUCGUUUGUGUAUCGUGUUAAGUUCUUUCGACCGCAUUUGAUUUUUCCAACGACAUGAUAGAACUUCAUCACUCACUGCAGGUUUGAUCUACCACGCGUCCCUGGUGGGGAAGUCCGCAUCGAAGUUCAAGGGAAAAAUCUCGCGCGUGUUGGCCGCGAAAAUGGCCCUCGCGAUCCGAGUGGACGCGCUGGGUGAAGACACGGAGGCGACAGUAGCGAAAGCGUUCAAGGAGUACGUGGAGCGUAAGGUGUGUGCCUGCGAGGAUGGUGAUGACAUCAAUGCAUCCAGGAAACAUUUGAAGAACGCGGCAAACCUGAGUGCGCAAACCGCCAAGAAAACAGACACCAGCAGUUACAACCAGGACGCGGACGUGGUUACGUCAAACAAGAGACAAGCAGAGAAGGAGGGUGAGGCCGAAACCGCAGAGGAGCCAGAAAAGAAGAAGAAAAAGAAGAACAAGGAAAAAACCUCCACGGCAAAGCCUCUCGCAGCGGGAGCCUAGAAGAAGAUGGAAACCGCCAUUGUACUAGAUCAAGAUAUUACGAGAUGAAAAAUAUAGCGAACACUUUUUUUACGAUUACAAACGAAUAUCCUAGGAGAUUACGCCGGGAGGACAUGGUGGUCUUUUGUUUUGUCAAGUUAGCAUUUACCUUCAAAAGGUGGAUAUUACGGGGGUAAGCCCAUCUUUGUGAUUUCUGUCAUGAUAGAGCGCCACUCUUGGUGAUAGAAUCCUCUGGAAGAUGGGCUUGCUAGAAGAAAAAUCUACGGAAGAGCGAUCUUUUGUCGUUGUCAGCAAGGAAUAUUUAUACCAUACAUGAUCACGAUGAACGUGAGCGGUCAAUUCGAUCGGGACCGAGAAAAGCGAAGCGGGAUGAUGGAAACGUGCACACAAAGAUUGUGAAAGUGGAAGUUGUGGAAAGAAAU